GCCGGCCACAGCGUUAUCAUGUGGUUGCAAUGCGUGGCCGUGACGGUCCUUAUAGCCGCGGCUACAUCCUCCGAGGUCUUUACCAACUCGUUCCUGGUGCGGUUCAAGCGGUCGGUGGGGCAGGAGGAGGCGGGACAGGUGGCGGCGCGCCACGGCUUCGACAGCCUCGGCCCGCUCCUGGGGUCGGACACGGACUGGCAUUUCGCGCACCGCGGGCUGCCGCACGCGCGCCCGCGCCGCUCCAUUUCGCACACGAGGCUGCUCAAGCAGCACCCGCUGAUCCACACAGCAGUCCAGCAGCCCGGCUUCAAGCGAGUGAAGCGCGGGUUCCGCCCCCUCCGGCUCCCGGAGACCGCCCCCGCCGACGAGCCUAGGGACCCCUACUUCCCCCUGCAAUGGUACCUGAAGAACACGGGCCAGAACGGCGGGAAACCCAAGCUGGACCUCAAUGUGGAGGCGGCCUGGGCGCAGGGGUACACUGGCGUCAAUGUCACCACCGCCAUCAUGGAUGAUGGUGUGGAUUACAUGCACCCAGACUUGAAAUAUAAUUACAACGCCGAGGCGUCGUACGACUUCAGCAGUAACGACCCGUACCCGUACCCCAGGUACACAGACGACUGGUUCAAUAGCCACGGUACGAGGUGUGCCGGGGAGGUCGCCGCGGCGCGCGACAACGGCGUUUGUGGCGUCGGUGUCGCUUACCACUCUAAAGUUGCCGGAAUCCGGAUGCUUGACCAACCCUACAUGACGGAUCUGAUCGAGGCCAACUCGAUGGGCCACGAGCCUCACAAGAUCCACAUCUACAGUGCGUCGUGGGGCCCCACAGAUGAUGGAAGAACUGUCGACGGACCGAGGAACGCCACUAUGAGAGCUAUCGUCAGGGGAGUCAAUGAGGGUCGAAACGGUCUUGGCAACAUCUACGUGUGGGCGAGUGGGGAUGGCGGUGAAGACGACGAUUGCAAUUGCGACGGCUAUGCUGCCUCCAUGUGGACUGUGUCCAUCAACAGUGCCAUCAACGACGGACAGAACGCACACUACGACGAAUCCUGCUCCUCAACCCUGGCCAGCACGUUCAGCAACGGUGCAAGGGAUCCAAGCACCGGAGUAGCUACUACUGACUUGUAUGGAAAAUGCACGGCAACGCACUCUGGGACUUCUGCUGCGGCGCCUGAAGCUGCUGGGGUAUUUGCUCUAGCCCUUCAUGCCAACCCGAGUUUAACUUGGCGGGACAUUCAGCAUCUGACCGUGUUGACUUCAAAGAGGAACUCGCUUUACGAUGCAAAGGGGCGUUUUCACUGGACGAUGAACGGCGUCGGGCUGGAGUUCAACCAUCUGUUCGGUUUCGGCGUUUUAGACGCCGGCGCCAUGACGGCGUUGGCUGCAAACUGGCGUUCCGUACCACCGCGGUACCACUGCGAGGCUGGCUCUGUCAAUACACAUACUAAAAUCCUAUCAGAGGGCAGCAUCUUCCUUCGCAUCGAGACGACGGCGUGCGGUGGUUCUCCAAGCGAGGUCCGCUACCUGGAGCACGUGCAGGCCGUGGUCAGUGCCAACGCCACGCGCCGCGGGGACUUGGAGCUGUUCCUGACCAGUCCCAUGGGCACGAAGUCAAUGAUCCUGAGUAGGCGAGGCCACGACGAUGACAGCCGGGACGGCUUCGCCAAGUGGCCGUUCAUGACCACGCACACCUGGGGCGAGUACCCACAGGGCACGUGGACUUUAGAGGCCCGCUUCAACGGCGGCUCAACCCCGUCGCAAGCGUCCGGCUGGCUUCGCGGCUGGUCACUGGUUCUGCACGGCACCCGCGCGCCGCCGUACGCGCAGCUGCAGCCGCAGGACCCGCACUCCAAGCUCGCCGUCGUCAAGAAGGCGCAUGAGGAUGCUCAGCAUUAGACACAUCAACACCGCCGUAGCCAAAGAGACGCAGCUUCAAAGAGUAAAGCCUCCGCCACACAUGAAGCGUUUUGAUAGCGAAGCGUUAGCGGAGCGCAAUGAUAGCGGUGCGCCAAACGAACGCUGGCGUUCCGCUCGCAAUCCGCGCUCGUUAGUUCCCGCCGGCGUUCGUCCGGCACACCGCUAUCAUUGCGCUCCGCUAACGCUCCGCCUACGCUCUCAAAACGCGCAUGUGUAGCCGAGCUUUAAGGCUAGGAACAAAUUAUGGACGCGCGUCCACAGCCGCGAUCUAGAUAAUGAAUAUACACUGAAUUGUGCAAACUAUCGGAGGCAAGACCCUGGACGAGGCCUUGAGCGCACGGACGUCUGGACGUCAUCAGCCGCGUCCGUGUAACGCGUCCCAUAAUUUGUUCCUAGCUUAAUUCCAGAACAGUUUGUACAUUUGGAUCACGUCUCCGAUUUUGAUAGACCUUCCUGUUUUGUUACUAGAUUUCUAUAUAUUUUCGGUAACAAACUACCUGGAACAUUUUGGGAAACCUCAGUCAUCGGUCUUGCAUCAUGUACUCUAUCAGCCUACUAACUUUUAUCAAAAUCGGAGACGUGAUCCAAAUGUACAAACUUUUCGGGAAUCACUGCAAAACAGCUUCUCCGUCUGCUUCGUCUAAAUCUACCAGAUUUAGACGAAGCCUAUUUUAAUGCACCUGAACUACACCGCCUGAAACUCAUCGCAUAAACACUUUCCGUGACUUUUUUUGCUAGAAUGCCGCAAAAAGGCACGGAAAGUGUUUAUGUUUAUACCAUGCCUUUUUCAGGCGGUGUAGUUUAGGCGUCACAAAAUAGGUUUGGCCUAUAUAAACCACGCUACGGGCUACUUAGUCGCUGCAAAUUUUUUGUGUCUCCCACCAUUAGACUAUGGGCCAGUAUGAAACUGCGCCCACGUAGCGACGCAACUUUUCAUAGAAACACCCAAGAGACGAAAAAGUUGUGGUGACAAUGUCGCCCGUGGGCGCAUACCCUUAGGGCCAGUUGCAUCACACAUCAACGUCACGCAGCAGAAGUCUAUGGAAAUUCCAAUAUAAAAAAAUUCAAACGCUAAAUUCUGUGACUGACGGUUUGGUGCAACCGACCCGUAGUCGCCGAAUCUUUCGUCAGAAUUAAGAGUAAUCUUCUCAACGUCAAGGUCACCUCAAUACACAUUUUUGAUACGCCACAGAUGAAGAAUUAACUUCACAGUUACCUUUUCCUGAUGGCAUAAUCGCUACCUAACUAUAGUUUCUGGUAUACCUAUCAGAAUUGACUUAUCCGGGUUUGAAGUAACGCGGCUCAUUUGUUCGUUGUUUCAUUUAUGAAAUGUUCAUUUGACCGAACAUGACAUUUUCCUUUAAUUUUUAAACGGUUACCAAUCCAGCCUAACGGAUUCUACAUUUUUUUUUUUUAGUUUAGGAAGUUACGCGUUCGGCCAAAUUAAAAUAUGAUAAAUGGAACAUCGGAAAAACAUUUUGAAGUGAUAUGAUACGUGAAGGGAAAAUCAUCAUCUGGCCAAAUGAAAGGGAAGAUCGGGACAGUUUAGACUUCAGUGUUCUAAAUUAAAGGUAUCAAUUGUAAUUCACUUUCUCUAAAAUAACAAAGUACCUAGUCAUUCAUUUUCAACUCACAAGGUACGGCGGUGGGUUGGCUACGGCGGAAAAGGACUAUAUUUUGUGUAAAAGUAAAGGUUGAAAAAUAACAGGCGCAACAAAAUAACAUCUUAAUGUAACGCGAUAUCCCAGGCUAUGUAACAGGUUUUUGGAAAAGUUUAAAAAAGUAACUUGAUAAUGCAGUCCAUUUUGGAGAACCUUUAAUAUUGGUAAAGUUGAGAGAGCUAUUAUGGCGAAAGGUGCAGACCAAGUCAUGGGUGAUCUUAAGGAAGUCUGGCGAACGAGUUUAUAAACAGAAUGUAUUGCUUCUGAAUAGUGAAAAUGUGUGUUUCUGGAGUUAUUACCUUUUUGAUGAGGACCUGUGUUUUUAAAUGGAAAAUUAGAUUUCUUAUCUGAACUUAUAUGUGAAAUUUGUAACGAAGACAAUUUGAAAACAGAUUAGUAUACGACCAUUGAAUCGAUAAUUUAAUCACCAAUCAAAUGUUUGUAUUUAAUCUAAUGAAUGCUAAAGGUAACACUGUUGAUAAUGUGGAACAAAGUUUUCCAUCCUUUUUGAGAUUAAGAAAAUUAGUACGAUAGUAAAUAAAAAAGUAAAGCAUGUACUUUCUGUAUUCGAGCCACGGUUGAUUUUCCACAAAUGAUAUGAUCUCCAUACAUCUAUGGAAUUCUACAUGGCAUGGAGUGUGUCGGCCACAAUUUUCAACAUUUCUACACUACAUCUGUAUUUUCAAAGGUUUUGUAUUUAUUUAUAAAAAAGAAACUACAUAGGUACAUAAUAAAAACAAAUGUGAAAGUUGUGGCCUUUAUUUUGAAAUUCAGGUCAGGAGGCGAAUUAUUGUUGGUUGGAAUAAUUCUUACUCAUAUUAAGUUACAAGCAUAUACCAGUUUUUUGUCGUACUUAAAAAUAAUCAAAUCUUGUAGGUGUGAGUUUUUUUAAUUUAACGGCGAACUUAUUUUCUAUUAUUAUAAACUUGUAUUAUUUAAUCAAUUUUAAAAUUAUUUUUUGUAUUAUUUUAUUUAUGUAAUUCCUUCAAAUCAAAUUCUCCCUUAUUUUGAAGGGAAGUGGGAGAAGUUCACUUAUUAUUAUUUGGUUUUGAUUUGUGGAUGAUACGACAUAUCAGAAUUCGGGUUCAUAAUCGAUCAAAAUAUAUUUUGUGUAAGUACCAUAUUUUCUCAAAUAUAAAAUAAUUCAUGAUAAUUCAGAUCCAAUAUUUCUACAGUUACUCGAAAUAGACGAUGAUACGUUUUCCGAAACGUUUUCUCUCAACGUUUUUAAGUUUUUAGAGUUUAUUUUUGAUUGUUUGGUUUAAUAUCAAAUGGACGGCAUUUGUCCCAGCCAAAUGACGUCCAUUUGACAACAUCCGAUUUUCGUGACGCAUCCUCAUGUCACCCAGCGUGCGUCAGGAAGACGAAGGAUUCAUAGCAUAGACGUUAUUGUUACUGACAUAAGGUAUAUAAUAAAGAUAUUUAUAAACAUAGAGGUAACGCGAUCAGAGAACUUCCUUACGGGCCCAGUGAACACGAUUAUUUACGAUUACCUCUGGCUCCUUAUAUAUUUUCUUAACAUAAUAUUUUUAUUAUUAAAUACAAUAAAUAAAAACAAUUUAA